UUCAAUUUGUUUAUCACAUUGUUCCUUUUUGUAUUGCUACAAGCAUCCUGUGAGUCCCCCAGAGCAAUGAUGGAAAAUAAGACAGAAGUAACACAGUUCAUUCUUCUAGGACUAACCAAUGACUCAGAACUGCAGGUUCCCCUCUUUAUAAUGUUCCUCUUCAUCUAUAUUAUCACUCUGGUUGGAAACCUGGGAAUUAUUGUAGUGAUAUUCUGGGAUUCCUGUCUCCAUAAUCCCAUGUACUUUUUUCUCAGUAACUUGUCUCUAGUGGACUUUUGCUACUCUUCAGGUGUCACUCCCACCGUCAUGGCUGGAUUCCUUAUAGAAGACAAGGUCAUCACCUACAAUGCAUGUGCUGCUCAAAUGUAUAUUUUUGUAGCUUUUGCCACUGUGGAAAAUUACCUCUUGGCCUCAAUGGCCUAUGACCACUAUGUGGCAGUGUGCAAACCCCUGCAUUAUACCACAACCAUGACAACAAGUGUAUGUGCUCGUCUGACCAUAGGCUCCUACCUCUGUGGUUUCCUGAAUGCCUCCAUCCACACUGGGGACACAUUUAGUCUCUCUUUCUGUAAGUCCAAUGAAGUUCAUCACCUUUUCUGUGAUAUUCCAGCUGUCAUGGUUCUCUCUUGCUCUGAUAGACAUGUUAGCGAGCUUGUUCUUGUUUAUGUUGUGAGCUUCAAUAUCUUUUUAGCUCUCCUGGUUAUCUUGAUAUCCUACAUAUUCAUUUUUAUCACCAUUCUAAAGAUGCACUCAGCUUCGGGAUACCAGAAGGCUUUGUCCACCUGUACCUCUCACUUCAUUGCAGUCACCAUCUUCUAUGGGACUAUUAUCUUCAUGUACUUACAACCCAGCUCCAGUCACUCCAUGGACACAGACAAAAUGGCUUCUGUGUUCUAUACAAUGGUCAUCCCCAUGCUGAACCCCCUGGUCUAUAGUCUGAGGAACAAGGAAGUGAAGAGUGCAUUCAAGAAAGUUGUUGAGAAGGCAAAAUUGUCCCUAGGAUGGUCAGUUUAACAUUGUAGGAUGCACCAUAACCUAGUUUCAUUUCUCUCGGAUCUUCUCCAUGUUCUGAAUCACAUUUAAAGUCCACAAUCAAGUUAAAUUCCUGAGGUGAUUGCCAUGCCUGUUUAAAAGUCUAUUGUCUAAGUAAAAAGAAACAUUAUGUCCAGAAACAUAACACCUGGACAAGAAUGGCUAAGACAUCUUGGGGCUUCUUUGCCAAAAACCUUAAAGAUAUUAAUGUAUUCAUUUAUUCUACAUGCAUUUUUUU